AUGACACUGGGUAAAUAUUGUUACCAUUACCUCAAAGAUAAGUUAGUGAUAUGCAGUUUUAUAGGCCCAUCAUUCCAUCAAGCUUUAAUUUCGCAUGCUCUUUGGUGCCAUCAAAAGUCUCUCGUUACAGUUGUCAAUGGUGAAUCUAUUGAAUUGGAAGACGAAGAUCAACAUUUUCGUUGGUGGGUGUCUCAGAAGCAAGCAAGCGAUCUCUAUCUUAUAGUUGCGGUUGUCGAGGACCGCAUUUCCGCUUGGUUUUGGAAAUCCAGCUGCUUGCAAGUCGUCUCUUUAUCGGUGGAUCUUCAGAGCAAUGUUUUUAUCGGUGCCAUGGCGGAUCUCAUUCCUCAAGUACUUGUAUGGAUACCUUGGACAUUCUCUUGGCAAGUUAAUAUCCUCGCGUAUGCUAUUUCAUCAAGACCGGAUUUAUUUGUUGCAGUGCAUGAUGUGUCUCUCAUGACGCCUACCCAAGAAGGUCGCUUGAUGGCAGCUACUACUGAUAUGGCGGAUGUUUAUUUGCUAUGGGUAGAACGGGAUGGUGCCUUACUCUUUUGUGUAAAGCAUCGUUGGCAGCUAUGA